AUGAUUCAUACUAUCAUUUUUUCCUGCAGCACUCUGCCUCCUUUUGAAGCUGGCUUUGAAUCUAUUUUAAGCCCUCGGGGACAUUUUUUAAGUAGUAAUGCUCCAACUGAGAAUGAGGUAACGUUUAAGAAGGCUCCUGAUGGAAGCAGUACACAACAAGGAACUCUGGAUGUUGAAAUUAUGCUUAGUGAACCUGAUCAUCCCCAUCAAGAUGUUCGCGCUCUUGGCAACAUUCAAACUGGCCAAGAGUCCAGUCAGACAAUUAACAAGAGACAAAGUCUCUCAACAAUAUCGGAAGAUAUAUCAAUUCUUGAAGGGGGAUCUUCCCAUUGUGCCGAACAGCUGGUUAAUACAUCUUCAAAUAAACUCAAUUUUCCUACCUUGAAACAUCGGCUGAUAGGAGCAAAUAAGCAGCCAAUAAGCAUCAAAUCAACAAUACUCACUAAUCAUAGGAACAUAUUUUGGCAGUUAGGUUCCAUGGUUCUUGAAGCUAUAUACCAUGAAGCAACAAAGGCUCUUCCAUCAAGUAUUAACUUGCGAAAACGUUUCUUGGAAGUAUUGGGUUCUGUUGAUUUAGCUCACUCAGAUGAACUUAGGUCAGAGAUAUUGAAAGAUCUCAAAAGAGAUUUUUCUCAUGAUGAACAGUACUGGGAUAUGACAGCUAGACUACAUAUUUCUGUCAUUGACAUGACUAAUGGUGAAGCUAAAAGUGAUGUUCUCUCUAAGUUAAAACAAGCUUUUCAAAAUGCUCAUCCAAUGUUAUCCAAUUUACAGGUUUAUGAGGAGGCUUUGAAUGUUAUACCGUCUGUGAAGAUGUUUUCCCUCUUUGUGAAGUUCUGGAUUGAUGUGGCAUGUCCUGAGAGUAUGGUGCAUAAUGUUGGGCUUGAAGUUUCGGAGUUCAGUUUGUUUCUGAAGAGAGCAUAUGAAAAAGCUGAAUCAACUGGUUGUCUUAUUGAGGAUCUUGCUUACCAGUACAUUUUAUUCUACUUGCAAGCUGGAAAAAUAGAUAAAGCAAGAAAAGUGGCUGAAAAGCUCAGCAGUGGUAAACUUUCAGAGGCUUCCACUGUAUGGUUGCUGAGGAUUUCCUUAGAGAUAAAAUGUCUUGCAAAUAAAACUUCUUCCAUGAGUAACGAUGAUCUCAACUACAUAUUUCAACUCCUUGAACGUGUGCUUAAUAGGCUUUCUCUUUCUAAAGCUGAGGGAUUGUGGUUCAUGGCCUUGAAGGUUUUUUCAUGUCACAAAGCUUAUUUUAAAAGAUUGGUGAAGAUUUUAGAGGGAGCUUUAGCCAGAUGUAGCAGUAAUUGUGAAUCUUCAGUUUCUGCUGCUGUCGUGGAUCGAACUCUCCAAAGUGAUGGUAUUCUGAAUGCAAGAGUUCUUUAUAAUGGGUAAGUUUUCAGUUGUUUUAUUUGAUUUUUU